GGAUGUGCGCACGCAGUUACUUCAACCACGCUGCUUUGAUCCUCGUGGCUUUCUAUCUUAUGAUCGUUACUACCGUUAGUUCAGUACAGUUCAGUAACUCUCUAACUGUCGUAAAGUGUGUGUAAUCUCGCCUUUUUUUAAUUAUUCUGUCUUUGUAAUAGAAGAACUAAUUUUAUACGUUUAAAAUAAAUACCUAAUAAUGUAUAUGUGAUAAUAAUAAUAGCAAUUUGUAAAAUUAAAUAAUGUUAUAUUAUUUCAUAGUUUACUAAAUGAAUAACCAGAGUUUAAACUUUAGUUUUCUAAAUAUAGGAACAUUGCAUUGAAACGGGGUAAAGAAUACGAUUUUGUGUUGUCAGUAAAAAAAAUGGCGUUAGCAUUGUUGAUGUUUUUGUUAAUCCUUAUUAUCCUCGGUUUGUCUGGUUUUACGUCUACAUCGUCGAUAGUUGUGCUUAAGUGCUGUAAGCAUGGCGAAGAGUUGACAAUACUGAAUGAUUCUGAUUCAGAAUUUACUUGUGUAAAAAGUGCCACAGCGUGGAUUCCAACUAUAUAUUCACCAUCGAAACAAAAAAUUUUAUCAACAUUGCCACCUGAGUGGAUAGUUCAAGAAGCACAAAAACCUGUAUGUGCCAAAGACCGUAUUUUAACAUUAGUUUCUUGCAGUAGUAUUUCGCAUUGCAUCAUAUUCGACAUAGGUCAUGCGAUUCUUAACGCCGGAAGCAACACAAACUUUACGCCUAGUGAAUACUGCGCGGACUCAAAGGCUCUUCUUGUUUGCACACCAAGGAAGGUCGAGGCUGACAGAGCCACUUCCAUAAUAAGACCCAGAGUAAACAGAUGUUGUGGUGAGCAUGCAGUUUUUCACGAAGAAAGGAAUUCCUGUGUGAAUCAGAAAGAUAUAGAAAAUGCAACACCUUUACUGCCUAAUACGUCUGGGAACAUUGAUGUUACAACUGGUUUUCCAUCUUGUCUCCAUUCUAAUAACUACACAAUUGUUGGAGAUGCUGACGUCUCAAUAUUGAAAUCUGAUGGCAGCUUAAUAGUGGAUGGAAUAUCUUUACUAUCAUCACAGUAUUGUGUUGAAAGAAUCAAAGAGCUAAAUGGCAAAUCCAAAGUUUUCGUCUGUCCAGAAUAUGCACCUAAACGGACCUCCAACCAAGGAACGGAUAUUAGGUUCACGAUGUAUUCAAUCAGUUUCAUUAUAAGCGCGAUUUUUCUCGCCAUCACUUUAGCUACUGGUUGGCUUCUUCCUACCUCACAUCAUGUUUUGCAUUGGAAAUGUCAGACUCAUCAUGUUUUGUGUCUCAUGCUAGGCGAUAUACUUAUGGCAAUUAUACAACUUUCUGGAGAUUCUUUGCAAGGUGGCACUUGUAAAUUACUUGCUAUUCUGGCUCACUUUUUUUUCCUUGCUGCAUUCUUCUGGCUGAACACAAUGUGUUUCAACAUCUGGUGGACUUUUCGAGAUUUGAGACCUGCAAGUUUGGAGAAAGGCCAAGAGACGUUACGUUUAAAAGUGUAUGCCUGUUAUGCUUGGGGUGGACCACUUCUUGUUGCUGGACUCGCUGCUCUAUUCGAUCAUUUACCAUCUCAAUCUAACAAUCCAUUCCUUAGACCUCGAUUUGGGGAAAAAAUGUGCUGGUUUUAUGGAGAUACAGAAAUUCUGGCUUAUUUUUUUGGCCCAAUUGGCGUUCUACUCGCUAUCAACGUCAUGUUCUUCAUCGCAACUGCUCGAGAAUUGACUUGCGGGCUGUGGAAAGGUGAAUUUGUAAAAAGUACGACUGAAAGGGCUGCUCUUGGUCGAGUUUGUUUGAAAUUGGUGAUCGUCAUGGGGGUAACCUGGGUUGCUGAUAUUAUAUCAUGGGCUGUCGGUGGACCCAACUAUCUCUGGUAUUUUACUGAUCUUUUAAAUGCUCUACAAGGCUUUUUCAUCUUUAUUGUAGUUGGGUGGCAGCCACAAGUUCGCAGUGGUCUGAAAAGACUUUUCAAUAGAGAUCCCCGAACAAGUACUGGAAGGCAAGGUAAUGGUCUCAGUACAACAAGUCAUGGUAUGCCUAGCAUGGGAGACAGUAUGACUCAAAAUCCAAGUACUAAAUCUGCGCCAUUGGAAACUAUUUGCUAAAAUUGAUAAAAUGUAUAAGGUACCAAAAUUUCCGAAGAGGCAACAAAUUCAUCCUAACUUAAGAAACGUUUUCAUAACUCCAUGAGAAAAUCGUUAAAUUAAUUUAAUUGCUGGCAAAAAAAUUUCAAGAUACAUCGUCUAUCAUAAGUUCUUGAUCACUUCUAAAAAGCAGAAGUAAAUAAAUGUAGUCAAUACUAACAAAAACAGCAAUUACAUCUACCUGCAUUUUACUCUAAAUCUACUAAGAUAGGCUUUCGGUAAACUUCCAAAUUUCUUUAACAAGUCAUUUAAGAAAAUUUUUUCUUGAGUGUUGCCCAUAAGUUCUUGGAAUAAAAAUGAAGUGAAAUA